GCUUGCGGGGCCGGCGACAGACGAGCCGGGGGGUGCUGGGCUCCAGCUUCCAGAGCCUUACCACUGCAUGGGAAUCGCGGCUUUCAUUUUUUGAAAAGGUUUGAAGAAUAGAAGAAUGCUUUCCACUGAGAAUAGCCCUAAUACUUCUGAUACACAAUGCCUUUAAGCGAGAAGAAUAGUGUGGUUUUUGCAUACGAGUCUUCGGUACACAGUACCAAUGUUCUACUUAGUCUCAAUGAUCAGAGAAAGCAAGAUCUUCUUUGUGAUGUUACUAUUCUAGUGGAAGAUCAACGAUUUCGGGCUCAUCGGUCUGUGCUUGCAGCUUGUAGCAGCUAUUUUCUUUCAAGAAUUGUGGGACAGUUGAAUGCUGAUCUUCUCAUCACUUUACCGGAAGAGGUGACACUUAAAGGAUUUGCUCCUUUGCUUCAGUUUGCAUAUACUGCCAAACUUAUUUUAAAUAAAGACAAUGUGUCCGAAGUUUGCAAGUGUGCAAAGUUUUUGGGAGUACAUGAUAUUGAGGAAUCUUGCUUUCAGUUUCUCAAAUUCAAGUUUUUGGACUGUAAAGCAGACCAGCAGGAAUGCCCUAGAAAGAAAUGUUGUACCUCACGUUGUGAGAAAGCAAACGUUAACAUUGCCCUUGUGGAUGAUGGGGACCUAGAAAUAGAUGACGAAGUGGCGGAAUUGUUGGAAACGGAAUACACUGCAACUCCUAAUUCAAAGCUCAGCAAAGGUGAAGAAAAUGCAAAAGUAUCUCCUCAUCUCCAAGAUAAUACCAAUCAAACAUGCAAUCCUGCAUGUUUAGAAAAAGAUAAUGUUUCUGGCUUGUUUGCCCUAUGCCCAAAAUAUAGGAAGUUCCAGAAAGCUUUUGGGAGUGACAAAGUUCAUACUGGAACCAAUCUCUGCAGUAUUAAAGAUGAUCAGGUAACAUCAGCUACAUCCAUUCAUCAGAGUGAAUCACUUAAUGAUGCCAUACAAAAAGCUCAGGAGUGCACAGCUGUGCAGCUGGUCUCACAAUGUGAAGAGACUCAGGUAGAAAUGGAAGAGGGGGAGAAAGAGGUGGAGAAAGAAGAGGAAUUGAAGAGAGAGUCUGUGUCUCAGAGUAUCUCAUGUCCUAUGGAGAAAACAGAUGCCGCUUCUCUUCCCCAAAACUCUUCUGUUGCACCUCAUGAACUUUAUUCUGCGCCUUUUCUAGGCCCAUAUGAGCAAUACAGCAACUUGAAUUUAAUUAGUAUGCAAAACACGGUUGUAGCUGAAAAAACUGUGACAAGUACUGUCGUUAGGAAUGAUAAACCAAUCAGUGAAAAUCAAGAUGAUUCGCUUUUGAAGUCUGAUUUGUGUGCUAGAGAAGACAUAAGCAUUACAUCAACUAGUGACCGAAGCAGUGUGGAGAGAGAGGUAGCUGAACACCUAGCAAAAGGUUUCUGGAGUGACAUUUACAAUACAGAGACUGCUUGUCAAAUGCGUUUGUCACCUGCAACAGCAAAAGAAUGCUCAGAACCAAUAUAUUCAGGAAAAAAAUCAGAGUGCCCAUGGUUAGGUAUCAGUCUCAAUGAGAGCCCUGAACCUUGUUCUCAAAGAACUUUUACAACUCUGAACUCUGUCAACUGCCCAUUUAUAAGUAACCUUGGUACUGAAGUAUGCUCAAACAGCCCAGAGAUAAAUAGUGGAGAUUAUAUCCAGGAACCACAACAAGAACAAUGUCCAUAUACUUGUGUGAUAAGUUUGGGAGAAGACUCUGAAACUGACACUGAGGGAGACAGUGAGUCCUGUUCAGCAAGAGAACAGGAAUGUGAGGUAAAACUGCCAUUUAAUUCACAAAGGAUCACUUCACUUUCUAGAAAUGACUUUCAGUCAUUUCUGAAAAUGCACAAAUUGACUCCUGAACAGCUGGAUUGUAUCCAUGAUAUCCGAAGGCGAAGUAAAAAUAGAAUUGCCGCACAGCGCUGUCGUAAGAGAAAACUUGACUGCAUACAGAAUCUUGAAUCUGAAAUCGAAAAACUGCAAAAUGAAAAAGCGAACUUGCUAAAGGAGCGAGAUCACAUUUUGUCAACGUUGGGAGAGACAAAGCAGAAUCUGACUGGACUUUGCCAGCAAGUAUGUAAGGAAGCAGCAUUGAGUCCUGAGCAAAUACAGAUACUUGCAAAGUAUUCCACCUUGGAUUGUCCACUUUCACUUUUAAUUUCUGAAAGAGAACGAACGGCUCCUGACAGCAAGCCUGUGAUCCCAUUGUGUAUAGAAUUACCAAGUGGGCUUUCGGGUGCUGUAUCGGCCAGUGAACAGAGUUCUUGCUAUCCAUGUGUAAGAGGCACAUCUGAUACCGCUUAUAAUGAAGUGCAGGAACUAUGUCCAGUUUCUAUGAAAACAUCGGAGAAAACUUUACUUGUGGAACACUGUGGACAGGGUGGUGGCAUCACAGAUUUCUGUCAGCAGAUGACUGACAAAUGCACUACAGAUGAAUAAAUCUGUUUUGUGAUUGCCAACCUCAACCUUAUGAGAUUUAAAGUAAGGGUUUCAGCAUUAUUAUAAAAUGCCUUAAGUGAAGGGAAGGCAAAACUUUAUAUUUUGCAAGUGCAUUAACUAGUAUCUGUCCCUCUACAUUACUCAGCAGACCUUUGGGUUUGUUUUAUGUAAUUUUGGGGCAUAAUUUUUUACGUCACUCUUAAGAAAUGUGUCAUCUCUAAAAGCUUGUAUGAGAGCUCAGCCCUUUAGUGCAAACAAAUGGGAUUACUUCUAGUUG